CAAGCAUCAGGGGUGGCAUGCAGGCAGGUAUGUGUGUGUGUGUUUUGUGUGUGUGUGUGACAGGCAGUGUGAUGGUGGCCGUGGUGGAGGGAGGACGUGGCUUCUCUUUCCUUCGCCUGACCUGACUUAGAACAGCUACACCUGAGCCAGUUCAGGACUACAUGAGCACAGCUUGGAUUGUCUCCUCUCUCAAGCAUCCUCACACACAUCUCAUGAUUUCCUCACAUUUUGACAAUGAACACUGGAACUAUAUUUCCGUUAUGAACAAUUUGUUUAGAAAAGUCUUCGCAUUGUUAUAAACUGCUUGAAAUAUUUUUUUCAAGCUACAAAAUGAGUCUCGACUCGUUCCACAUGAUGCUAAUGACGAUGUGGAGAACCUGGAGUGAAUUUAGGGUCGACAGUCAGUGAGAAACAUCGUAAGGAGCGAGGUGGAGACUAGUGCUGAGUGUAAAGAACACAGCAGUCAUGAUUCCUGGUGCCAAGAGAUUCAGACUUGACCACUCGGUGGCUCUGAGGGACACUGACCCACCGCUCGGAAGCCAGUUCAUCGAUCGCAACAACAACAACGGCAUUGUCUGUAGCAAACACAGAAACGACAACGACUUGCACCAUACUGGAAAUCCCGACAAGGACAGCAGCGACUUUACCAGCUGUCAAAACGUCAAUAGCAACAAUAAGGCCGGAGUUAGCGGUCUCAAGUACCAGCUGCGGCCGCGCUCCAUCAAAGUACGGCAUUGUUACGACAGUGAGUGGAGCUUCCAGGACACGCUGCGGCAUAAGCCGCGGCCGCCGCCUCUCUCCAGGUACCGCAGGAAGACUGCCAACGCCCGCGAGAGGUACCGCAUGAGACAGAUCAACACCGCCUUUGAUAGCCUGCGUGGUGUGUUGCCGUCAUGGGUAUGUAGUCGAAGAGCCUCCUCCGACCUGACCAAGAUCACUACGCUAAAGCUGGCUUCAGCCUACAUCAGGUCCCUCCAAGACAUUCUGGACGGCAACGCUCAGCAAGACACCUACUCCUGGGUCCUCUCCAGUAUCUUCAGUGACGCUCCCAGCCCUGAGCAACCCCAGUCUGUCCACCACUACAACCCCAGCACAUUUCCUAGCAAGGCUCAGCAGCAGCAGCAGCAGGAGCUGGACUCAGAGCACCCAACCACAGACUCCGAGUUGGUGUCUCUCCUGUAUGGAGCCUCGGAUUCUUGCAACUACCAAGACAGCCUGGAAACCUUCUCGUACCUGUCUUCUGGCCCCGACGCUGACAGCGUCAGCCUCCUGCUGGGGUACGAUUCAUCUCGCGUCUGGCCCCAACAACAGCACGCUCAGUUAGCGACAUGACGGUUCGCGCAGAGCCAUCAAGUUUAAUUUCUCUAAACAUUUACAUCCAGGCAGAAGUAUGUUUGAAUUCAUAAGCUCAACAUUUAAUCGCCAGCUGCUUUUAAAUCAAGUAAAAUUAGCUAUAUAUACUGUAUAUUGUAUAUUGAAAUAAGCUAUGUAUUGUGUGUCAAUUGUUUGGACAGAUGUGUAGUCCUCAUGGUGCUGUGUUUACUCACAGAAUGAGUGGUGCUACCCAUGGUGCUGUGUUUACUCACAGAAUGAGUGGUGCUACCCAUGGUGCUGUGUUUACUCACAGAAUGAGUGGUGUUACCCAUGGUGCUGUGUUCACUCACAGAAUGAGUGGUGCUGCCUAACUAACUCGCCCCUCCGGGCAAAAUCUAUAAUAAUCGAUUACAAAAUCAUAGAUCAUCGGGAACAGAUAAAAGUUGCAGACAAUAUAAAUCUGCAAUAUAUUUUUUUCACGAAUGAGAUCUCCGUUAAACUCAUGUGUCUAAUUACAUAUCAAAAACACAUAAUACAUAUCAAGAACACAUAUAUCACUAGCGCGUCAGAUCUAAAACAGCAAAGGAAAUAUGCUAUUUAAAAAACCUUGCCAUUAGAAGCCAGCAAACACGUCCUUACCUUAAAUCUUUUUUAAAUAUUUACAUACGAUGGCCCAUCUUGUGAAUCUAUAAUUUGUCCCCAACUCAAGGACACUAAACAUGAGAUCGACACCAUGCCUAACCCUUCUAGGGUAGGGUAGGUGCCUGAGCCCGAGCCUUUAGCUCACAAGACUGUCAUUCCCAUUUGCCCCCUUGGGGCGGGGAUGACAGACCAGAGAGGCCUAGCUUGUGGCUAGGCCUGGGGACAGUUGGUCCCAAAGAUGAGGAGGUACUUGUAUCUCCUCCCAUGGGAGACUUAGGUCUCAGACACUCCCUCAAGAGGGAGCCAAGGCCGGGCCACCACUUGGAAAAGGCCCGGGCCGGGAGAAUACCGGCGUAUCUUUAAUAAUAAUAAUAGUAAAUAAAGUGGGGGUCCUUUUUAAAUUUUUGAAAAGGGGUGUUUGGGUAAAUUAUCUUUUAAGAAUACAUCUUGAUUAAGCAAGCAAAAUUAAUGAGACAGAUUACAGUAGUAGAUGGUUCAAGAUGAUUGGUAGAUCAAAGAGAAAUACAGAGAGCGAAUCCUAUAGUAAACGAGGUGUAUAAGUAUACGAUACUCCUAUGUAUGAAAGCAAGUCACGUCCAUCAUUAGGUAUGUUUUUUAAGGGAUUGUUUCGCCCUAAGGGGAUUUAUCAAGCGAUUAAAUCCCAGGGAGAUGAAAGUGCCAUAAUAAAAUUACCCAAAGUUGUACACCUGACAUUUUUAUAUAAGAAUUUUUACUUUACGACGUUACUUUGCAUAUCUUCGAUUCACUAUGUCUGUGGUUGAAGCAACCAUCUAGGAAAACUACCAUCUAGCCAAGUCAAAGCAACCUUCUAGCCAGCUCAAACAACCAACUAGCCAGGUCAAAGCAACCUUCAAACGAGGUGGUGAGAAGCACUGUAUUCUCAACCUGUGUUCUAGCAAGUGAUAGUCCCAAGUAACCAUAUAGCCAGGUGGUGUAGGGAGCAGUGUAGUCUCAACCAGUGUUUUAACAAGUGAUAUUUCCCAAGUAUAAGUGGAAAACAAUAAGAUUCUGUUCAUGCGAAUGAUAUUGUCUGAGAACAUCUAAAAAAAUCACAGUGUGUGUGUGGUGUGUGUGUGUGUGUGUGUGUGUGUGUGUUUGGUGCCAAACAUUAUCUGUUUGCAAAUGGAAAGCCACAAUUUUUAAUCUAUUUAUUUAUAGAAAAGGAGAAUAGUUCGGUCUAAAAUUAUCAUAAGAUUGUUAUCUAGUCACUAAAUAUGUGCCAUAUACACCAGUAAUG